AUGUGUUAUUGUGGCCGCGGUACUAUGAAGCGUUUCAUGGCACGUACCGAAAAUAAUUAUGGAUCCACGAGGCUUAUUGUGGAGCUGUGGGCGCUGAAGCAUCCCGGCUUCUUGAGGCUGUUGGAAAUGGCGGAAGAGGACUACGGGCUCGGGCAGGGUGGUGCGCUAGCCGUGCCUUGUGGGCCCGACGAGCUUCAGAGGAUUUUGGAGGACAAAUAG